UCCUCUUCCUCAUUACUUAUGGCUUCCCAUUCUCGCUUCAUUCGUGAGCCCAAAACUGUUGCCAUUGUCGGUUGCCCUUUCAGUGGUGGUCAGCCCAAACCUGGCGUCGACAAAGGUCCGAUCCAUCUCGUAGAGGCUGGGCUAAUCAGUCAGUUUGAAGGCCUUGGAUGGAACGUCAAGUUUGAAGGUCACCACCAGUUCGAAGACAUCAAGACCAACGACGACCCUCCGGUUGGAAUUCUAAAGAAUCCGAAGCUAGUUUCACGGGUUACCGAGUCGAUUGCGAAGGUUGUCGGCGAGCAUGUCAAGAACGGAGAGUUAGCUGUCACUUUGGGUGGAGACCAUUCUUUGGCCAUGGGCACCAUUUCGGGGACACUGAGCACCCAUCCUGAGGCCUGCGUCAUUUGGGUUGACGCGCAUGCGGAUAUCAACACUAUCGAAUCCACAGGAUCAGGAAACAUCCACGGUAUGCCCGUUUCAUUCCUACUUGGACUGGGCAGCAAAGUCCCAGAAUUCUCUUGGGUGAAGCCUCUUUUGAAGCCGGAAAAUCUCGUUUAUAUUGGUUUACGCGAUGUUGAUGCCGGUGAAAAGGCUAUUUUGCGCGACAACAAGAUAAAAGCUUUUAGCAUGCACGAAGUUGACAGGUACGGGAUAGGAAAGGUGGUAGAAAUGGCGCUGGACCACGUCAAUCCUAACCGAGAUCGGCCGAUACAUUUGAGUUUUGAUGUGGACGCGCUGGACCCUACAGUAGCACCCUCCACAGGAACUCCAGUUCGAGGAGGCUUGACCUUCAGAGAAGGUCAUUUCAUUUGUGAGGCCAUCUAUGAGACCGGCUUACUGGUUGCAUUGGAUUUAAUGGAGGUCAAUCCUUCCCUCGAGGAUGAGGCGAGUGUGAAGCAGACAGUUGCCGUCGGAUGUUCCUUGUUGAGAUCAGGACUAGGAGAAACACUCUUGUAAAUUUGUUAACCUGAUAUCGGCAGCAUUAUAGAUAUCACUGGAUUUGAAUGUACUUAUACUUGUUUGAUAGCUCAACUGGCAGUUUCCACAUGC